AACACGUUGAAUGGGCGUUUCGUAUAAUGUCUACUGGAUUGAUAUAUUGUAUACUGUCAUUUUUAAUGGUUGAUAUUACCAAACCAGAAUUGUUAUUUUUUAUCUGCUUUUACAGCACAGGCUUUGCGUACGUCUAACAAAAUUGAGGAUUUCAUAAACUCUGUCACUGAUCUGAACUAGUUGGAUGUUGCAUUGAAAAUGUGGUAAUUACUUUUACAAUAACGUGACCGACCCUAACAUUUAUUUAGCCUAAUCCGUUUAUGUAACGUAUAAUUAGUUAUACUCGUCAGUACAGAAAGUAUUUAAUGUUUACGACACUUAGUUUAUAUCUUGUGGUUGUACGGGAAAUGGAAACCGAUUCUUGAGCUGCAGCGCGACAGCAGAAAGAAAGGAAAGUGAAACUAAUCUGUCACGGGAUAAAUGCAGCAGUGAAGGAGAAAUGCAGCAGUGAAGGAGACUGGAACAUCGUGAGUAAGAUUUCCACAAUGGCUGGACAAAAUUAUAUUGGUGACCUUAAUGAAUACAGACAGAAAAACAACGUUACACUAGUAUUUCAGGAGGUUUCUAGAAAUGGACCAGCCCACAAUCGAACAUUCACCUUUAAGGUUAUUGUUGAUAAUGUUGAAUAUCCUGAGGCCACUGGUAAAACCAAGAAAGAGGCAAAAAAAAAUGCAGCUAAGGAAGCACUUGAAAUAAUACGUGGCCAAUCCAACACAUCUAAUGACAUGGCUACAAGCACACCAAACCCAACACCACAAACACCCCCCCCUCAGUCUACAAGCACACCAAACCCAGCACCACAAGCAACCCCCCCUCAGACAAGUGACAGAAGAGAAUCAUGCACAUCCCAAUCUGUACCUUCGAAUCUGAUCAACUACGUAGCCUGCCUUAAUGAAUAUGGCCACCAAAAAGACCUGGUAAUCCGACUAGUUGAGAGCAAUCAUGUGGGACCUGCUCAUUUACCUCAGUUUUCCUGCAAGUAUAAAAUAGGGGAAAGAGAAUUUCGUGAGGGAAAAGGCAAAAAUAAGAAAGAGGCCAAAAAGGAAGCAGCAAGGCUUGCUUAUGAAGAAUUGCAUCUUGAGGAAAAUGCACAGACUUCAGGCCAGAAGGACAGUGUUUCAGGACUUGAUUCUAGCGGCAGUUAUUCAUCAUCAGGUGCUACACCAGUUCUUGAAAGUCAAACGAAUGACACAAGUACAUCAAAACAGGUGGAUUCUUCACAGACUGAAGGCUCUUUCAAUGGCACAAACUAUAUUGUAAAAUUGAAUGAGUAUUGCCAAAAAAGAAGUAAAAUGCACGAUUUUAGAUGUGUAAGACAAGAGGGACCGUCACAUAACCCUGUAUAUUAUUAUCAAGUAAUGAUUGAGAAAAGAACGUUUCCAGAAGGUCAAGGGAAGAGUGCAAAGGAAGCCAAGCAAAGAGCAGCCCAGUUGGCCAUGGAAGCUCUAUCAUCAGACCCUAAGCCCUCCAGCCAGGAAAUUGUUGAACAGAGCCCUGGAGGAGCCAGAUUAAAAAAUAGUGCUACACCAGUUCUUGAAAGUCAAACAAAUGGCACAAGUACAUCAAAACAGGUGGAUUCUUCACAGACUGAAGGCUCUAUCAAUGGCACAAACUAUAUUGGAAAAUUGAAUGAGUAUUGCCAAAAAAGAAGUGAAAUGCACGAUUUUAAACGUGUAAGACAAGAGGGAUCUUCACAUGACCCUUUAUAUUAUUAUCAAGUAAUGAUUGAGAAAAGAAUGUUUCCGGAAGGUCAAGGGAAGAGUGCAAAGGAAGCCAAACAAAGAGCAGCCCAGUUGGCCAUGGAAGCUCUAGCAUCAGACCCUAAGCCCUCCAGCCAGGAAAUUGUUGAACAGAGCCCUGGAGGAGCCAGAUUCAAAAAUAGAAAAGUAAACUUAGCUCCUGAUUUCAAAAAUGACUUGAAAUCUACACCAAACAAAAAUGAUCAGGAUAACAUUGUACCCAAUUUAAAUAAGGACAGACACUUGGGCAAGAAUGUCAGUGAGAGAACAAACUCUAAUAACCUACAGAACUCAAGACUUUUUCAGGAAUUUGAUGAAAUAACCAAACUUGGUGAAGGUGGCUUUGGGAGUGUUUUCAAGGCGAGAAAAAUACUUGACAGAAACUUUUAUGCUGUGAAACUUGUGAAGUAUAAAAAUAAUGCUGAUCGUGAAGUUGCAGCAUUGGCACGUCUUGAGCAUGACAACAUUGUACGCUAUUCUACUUCAUGGGUUGAAGAGUUAGCAGGAAACCUGCCUGAAACAUCUGAAAGUUACAGCAGCUCAGACUCAGACCCCAGUGCUUUACAGAACUAUCUCUUCAUCCAGAUGAAACUAUAUGAAAAGGGAACAUUGGAAAACUGGAUUAAUGAUAAAAAUGACUUAAAGACAGUAAGAAGCAAGACUGAUGCUUUGCAAAUAUUUAAGCAGAUGGUCGAUGGAGUCGUAUAUAUCCAUUCAAAUAAUCUGAUUCAUCGAGAUUUAAAGCCCACAAAUAUCUUUUUAAGUGAUGACAAUAAAGUAAAAAUCGGGGAUUUUGGACUUGCAACUGCAAUAAUCAAUGAAAACAAUGGCAACUCACUUCAAAGGACCACGCGCACAGGAACCUUGUCAUAUAUGAGUCCUGAACAGGAAACCCAGAAUAAAUAUGGAAAUGAAGUGGACAUUUUUGCUCUAGGGUUAAUUUGUUUUGAACUUCUUUGGCGGCUUGAAACAGUCAGUGAAAAAGCUAGUGUGUGGGACCAAAUAAGGAGACGGGAGUUUCCUGAAGUGUUUUGCACAGAGUACCGUUCUGAGUCCAAAUUAAUAGAAAAGAUGCUUUCUGAAGCACCAAAGGACAGACCAAAAGCUUCGAAGAUUGCAAAAGAUUUGAAUAUGUAUUUCAAAAAGGAGGAUGACUACAAAGAGUCAAAGACAGUAUAAGGACAAUGCUGGAAAUGUACCCUAUAGAAAUGUUAGCAGGGGUGCCAACCAUUAAAACAGUAAAAUAAAUAACUUCAAGUGAAUUCUGGUUGUUGUUCUACAUUUUCCUUACUAUGUUAGGGUGUUUAAAAUAAUUGUUUCUGGGUUCUCUUGCUCCAUUAUUGAGCUUGUGUAAAGCUCAUUUAGUUCCAGGACUGAAUAGACUCAAAUCCGCUCAAAGCUAUGACCUUUCAACUAUUCUAAUAUCAACUAAACAAAUAGUGGGGAAAAUGUUUUAUGUAAAAACAAAAACAAUUCAAAUGAUAUUGAAAGAUAUUUUUAAAAAACCAUUCCAGUUUGAAACAAUUCUUAUUAAAUGCAGAGAAACAGCAUCCAACGGAAAUCCUGUGUUUCUAAGCACAAAUAAAUACUUUUUGUACUCGCUGUAGGGCUUCUGAUUUUCGGUUUUAACCGAUAAAACCCAAUAAAACACCUGAUACAAAAAAAAUGAAAUCGGUGGAUAGCCAAUAAACACUGGAAAACACCGGAAAAACUGUAAAAAUGGUUCAUCUAUUCACAUUGACUUUACCCUUUUCCCAUUAAAAAAAAUAAAAACUACUACAAAAAUAAUAAUAAAUACAAUUCCCAGUGCUGCUGGGCAAUGUCCCGCCUUCUUGACUUGUAUCUGUCAUUGAUUCGUUCUGAAUACUUUAAACCCGCCCCAACUACUGAGUGACAACACAUUCCUAAAUUUCUAUUGGAGACUCCUCUUGUGAGAUUUAAAACAAGAUUACAAUCAGGAUGGAGGCUUGCUAGCGGGAUUUAAAGCUGUAUUACAGUUAAAAUACGGAGGAUUUAAACAGAAUUGUGGCGAAAUGUACAAAAAUGCUUACACACAAAAACCCCAGAAGAAUGUGGCCGUGACCAUAGGGAUUUCGUUGUGGAAGACAGCAAAGGAAAGAAGGUACAACUUAAGUGUGCAAGUACUGUCGAGUUACUAUACAUAUUUUGACACCAAAAAAAAAAACGCUCAUGCAUUUUAGAAAGUAACCGAAAACACUAAUUUCAUACAGUAUAUCAAAAACGAAAGCCCCCAAAAAAACGAUUUACAUAAAACUCGAAAAUAGCUAAAAAUAAGCACCGAAAAAUACAAUUAAUAAAACCUGAAAAACAGAAGCCCUAGUUAUAUGUAAAUGCUAAAUACAAAAAGUAAUUAUUGGAUGCAGUCCCUCGUUCACCACCAGUACCUUAAAACAAGUUGACCAAAGAUGUUAUGGCAGAGUUGUGGUGUGCAGACUCCAUUUCCAUCUUUGGGUUGCAUGGGUGGUAGAUGAGCACAGUUGGUGGUCUGUGUAGAAACUGUAACUUAUACAUCAACAUUCUCCAAGAAGGACUUUUUCCUGUCUAUACCAAUGGUCAUCUCCAAAGAUGGCAGUAUUUUUAUGGAAGAUGGUGCCCCAACUCACACCGCCCGUGCAACGCAAAGAAAGUCGGGCAUCACAACUCUGCCAUGGCUUGGCCAAUCACCAGACAUGAACCUCAUUGAGCAUGUGUAGGCAAUCCUUGACCAAUCCCUGCAACACUUUAUUUUAGCUGCAUCACACAGACUUUAUUAUAGAUUUUAACAACUGGCUUACUACAGUGUUAACAUGUUGUUAAUUUCCGUUAAUGGUUAGAAAAGUACAGAUGUCUUUAAUAAUGCCUAAACAAAAUGAAACCCAUUUCACUGAAAUGGUUGAUUCGGUAAAUCUUUCCCUUCCCAGCAGCUAAAUAAUGAAACAGGUCACUAUAUUGCCUAGCCAUUAAUGAUCCAUUAACAAAUACUGAAACAUGCCUAUUAAGUUGUUAGUUAGGCAAUCAUUAACAGUUAAGACAUUAAAAAAAAAAAAAACUUCAAAGCAUUGUUAAAGCAUUAACACAACUUUUCAUAAGUAAGAAUCUGUCUUUGACAGAAAGAAAUCUGAUUUUAUGCCUGUAUCCUUAGGUGUCCCUCAGAGUCCAAUUCAUGAUUCAGUGCAUGAUGUGUAGAAUUAUAAAUGUGUAUUCUGUGUUUUUAUGUCAUAUAAUUUGCUGUUGGACGCCAAUUAUAGCUCAUAUGGCCUUUUUAAAAAAAAAAAAAAAAAAAAAAAAAAAAAAGUAGGACUUGCAUUAUUGACUUCAGUUAACUAUGACAAUGUCAUGAUUGUCCUUUUAAAAGCAAAAUUAAAAACUAGUAUAUCAAGUACAGUACCUAUAAUGUCCAGCAGCACAAAAGGAAAUACUGUGUACAUUGACUGCCCUGAUAAAUUCCAGCUAAAAUAUGACUCCCAUCACAAUCAAAGCUAGCAUGUAUGGCUUGGGGUGCUGGUUUUCAUUGUUUUGGUUGACCUUUAAAUGUUCUCAGAUCUUAGCUCUCAUCCCUUUGUCAAAACGAAGGGGGCCUUUAUGUGGCGUCCCAAAUCAGAAAACCAGGAGUUUCAGAAAUUAGAAGUGCUCCCCGUGGCAGCAUGGUUACCCCGAUGCAGGGCUAGAAACUUGCACAAGUCCUGCAUCCAGUCGUGGGUUUCAGAAUUUACCUUGAUUUGCGUAUAUUAUUAAAAUAAUCACAGUAUUUCAAUGCAUGUUUAUCACAUUAUUUCGGUAGUGUGCAUAAAGUAUUAUUCAUCCUUUAAUAAGUGUGAUCUGUUCAGAGCAGAUUUACCUGGGGCCUGAUUUCUCAAAUUCCUGGUACCUGGUGACUUUCAAUAAUAUAUCAAAACAAGGGGACUUCUUUGGGCGUAAGACUAUUGUGAGUUUCUAACUCUGGCAUGUUAAAGACAACCUGUAAAAAGAUUGCUUUUAGAUGAUCCAUCGAGUAGUUGCUUCAAACAGAUUUAACUCCGAUAGAAGUCUCAGAUAUAAAUGUAUUGAUUUUUAAGAAUCAUGAACUUAGUCUUGUUUGCUUCCACACAUCCAGUGUAAUCAUGAAAAUAUAAUUGUUUAUUUGGUUGCUACAUCAUUCUGUUAAUUUUGAUUUAUAAAUGGGUUUAAGAAUCUAUUCUUAAAAGGCAGUGUAAGUACUCAUUUUACACUUCUGUUAUCCCCAUUAACCCGUUACAAACGGAACUGUAUGUAUUUUGACAGCUAUAUUAAAAUUAAUUCAAAAUCA